CGCAGACAACGUCUCAAGGGCUAUUGUUUCAUAGUAUGGAGUGCGCUCUUGAUUAUAAAAGGAUGCUGCUAGAGAAUGUAGAACAGCUGCAGAAAGCUCAGAGGGUGAUGAUAGCAUCCGAAAAUCAGCGUAGACAGAGGCCGACAUUGUAUGUGGGUGAUAGACCCCAUAAUUCGAGUUCCCGGGCCAUCACUCUCUACCUGCACAUAGUCGACAACCCGUUUCCCCCAGAGGCUAGGUCAGAGUUAGUCAUUAGAGAGUUCUUCAAUCAUUGGGUCAAGGACAAUGGCCACCCGCUUAGUAUAGUUAGUGACCGAGAUGUCUGGUUCACUGCGGAGCAGUGGCAAGGACUCGUAAAGAUGUAUGGGUCACAACUGGCCAUGUUGUCAGGAGAGGAGAAGACGAAGACGAAGAUGAAGACGAAGACGAAGACGAAGACGAAGAUGAAGAUGAAGAUGAUGAAAUAUGAGGAGGAGGCCGCAAGAGGAGAAGACGACGACAACGACAACGGCAACGACGAAGACGAAGACGAAGACGAAGACGAGGACGAAGACGAAGACGAGGACGAAGACGAAGACGAAGAUGAUGAGGCGGCCGCAUUAAUUUUGAAAACUACGACAACAUCCGCGCGUAAGAAGAAAGAUGAGGAAGCAGAGGAACAGCGUCGCCUGACUGAACAACAGCGACAGGAGGACACUGAGGCAGCAAGGAAGGCCGCAGACGAACGCCGUCGACUACGCCGAGACAAAAUCCUCGAAUCCGAGGUGGACAUCGAGGUGAUCGCCGGCGAAUGGGCAGUGGCUGCUGAAGAGGAGGAUUCCCCGCCUGCUGUGCGUGGCCUUGCAACCACAAUCGAACAUGUGAGCGACUUGGUCGUCACCUGUGCAGCACAGCAAGAGGACAUCCUCUGCGUGGACACCCUGGUCCGGAAGCAGGCUCGACUUAUCAACGAAGUGCUUGACCGGGUACGCCGGCUGGAACAGCAGCCUACAACAACCACCCCCGCCGGACCCUCCAACUUGACGGACCGCGUCAAGGUCUUGGAAAUCGACGUCGGGACUCUCAAGGACGGCGCUCUAGCGACAAAUCAGCGGAUUGACCAGCAGAUUUGUGUCGCCGCAGCCAGUCCGACCGCGACUACUCGAGAGAGCAUUCCGAAGUUUGGCGGCAUACCAAUCUUCUGCGAUGCAGCGAAGACGGACCCAAUCCCAUGGUGGCGCCAGUUUGAGUUGAAGCUGGACAUCCACAAAACAGAAAAGGGUGAAGUUUCUGAGGUAAAGCCUCAGAUUCCGCUUGACCCUUUAGAGGCUGAACUGCGUGCCCAGGAGGAGAAACUCCGCCAACAGGCACAGGCAGUUGAGGCUCUAAAGGCUGAGCUAAAAAGGAAAGAGGAAGCAGCUCAGGAGGAGGCCAGGAGAAAAUUGUUGGUUGCAGACAUCGAGAAGAUUAGGGCCUAUUUUGUUGCUGGCGGAGCGCACUUCCCCCUUGUAAAGUCAGCGGGCCAGAACACGUACAAGUUGGGGCAAAGGAAAAUCAAAGUCCAGGCAUCUGCGAACCGAUUGCUUGCGUGUACGGGCUCAAGUGUUGAAGACUUGCUCGAGAUGAUUGAGAAGGCGGCCCUGCAAGGACUAGUUUGAGCUGGCAAUUCCGUGAGAAUAAAAGGAGUCGACGAUU